CCCUCCCUCCCUCCCUCCCCUCCCUCUUUCUCCAUCUCAAAGCUUUCAACAAUGGAGAGAAGAGUGGUAAUUGUCGGAGCCGGUGUAAGCGGCCUCCUGGCUUGCAAGUACACCAUUGAGAAGGGCUUCAACCCCAUUGUCUUUGAGGCUGAAUCCUCGGUUGGAGGGGUUUGGUUGACACACACGAUUAAGUCCACGAAGCUCCAGAACACUAGGCCGGGAUACCGGUUCUCAGACUUCGACUGGCCUUCCCCUCCUGAGGGCGACGAUGGAUUCCCAACCCACACUGAGGUCCUUGAAUACAUCAAGGCCUAUGCCUGGAACUUUGAGCUGCUCCCUCAUAUCAGGCUCAACUGCCAGGUCACCGGGAUCCAGUAUCUCGGGGAGACAGUAGAGGAAAUGGAGGCGUGGGAUCGAUGGGGUGGCACCGGCACUGCAUUUGGGUCAGCUGGGAGGUGGCACGUGUCGGUCCACAACAAGGAGACUGAUUCCAUGGAGGUGCACCAAGCUGAAUUUGUGAUCCUCUGCAUCGGACGUUUCAGCGGUCUCCCGAACAUUCCAGAGCUACCUCCAGAGAAGUCCAUUGAGCGGUUCCGUGGAAAAGUGUUGCACUCCAUGGAAUACUCUGCUCUGGAUGACUCCAUGGCUGCAGAACUCAUCAAAGGAAAGCGAAUUACCAUCGUAGGAUCAGAGAAAUCCGCAGUGGAUAUUGCAGCUGAAUGUGCGGAUGCAAAUGGAGUUGAGUAUCCUUGUACAAUGAUCCAACGAACACCUCAUUGGUUUUUACCCGAUGUUUUCUUGUGGGGGGUACAUAUCGGCUACAUAUACUGCAAUCGGUUUGCGGAACUUUUGGUACACAAGCCCAGCGAAUCUUUCCUACACAGCCUAUUUGCCACCCUGCUCUCUCCCCUUAAAUGGGGUAUUUCAAAAUUCUCUGAGAGCUAUCUCCGGUGGAAACUUCCACUGAAGAAGUAUGGAAUGAUACCGAGCCACAGCUUUCUUGAAGAAGUAUCAUCCUGUACGAUCAGUAUGCUACCAAAGAACUUUUACGAUAAGGUGGAAAAGGGAAGCAUCGUCUUGAAGAGAUCAAGAGGGUUUGGUUUUGUUGAAGAAGGAAUUAUCCUCGAAGGUGAAGACCAGCCAAUAAGAGCUGAUUUUGUGAUUCUUGCCACCGGUUACAAAGGCGACCAGAAGCUUGUGAACAUGUUCGAAUCUCCGAUCUUCCAGAAGUACAUAGCCCGCUCGCCUACUUCGACGGUUCCCCUCUACAGGCAAACAAUUCAUCCCCGAAUCCCACGUCUUGCGAUAAUUGGGUACGCUGAGGGCCUGUCCAACUUGCCCCUAUUCGAGAUACGGUGCCAGUGGCUUGCACAGUUCCUCGAUGGGAAGUUUGACUUGCCAAGUAUAAAGGAGAUGGAGAAGGAUGUGAAAGUGUGGGAAAACCAUAUGAAGCAAUAUGCUGGGAGGAAUUUUUGGAGGUCAUGUAUUGGGGUGAGUAACAUAUGGGCCAAUGAUCAAUUGUGCAGAGAUAUGGGUUGCAAUCCACGACGAAAGAAUGGGUUUUUGGCCGAGUGGUUUCAACCAUAUGGAACGACUGACUACGUAGGCCUUGCUUCUGAGUAUUAACAAGAAUCAGGCAUAGUUUUUGUCUGAAUGGGUCGAAAGCUGUAGGUUGAUUAAUACAUCGGUGCCCAUUCAUUGAGACUGCUUCCUGAUUGAAUAGUUUAGACAAGUGAGAGGUAUAGAGGCAGCUCAUAGAUACCCACCUAGGUCACCAUGACCCCACCAAAGCGCACAGUGGACAAGAACAGCUCCCAUGGGAUAGAAGACAAGGGUCUACUAACGCAAGCGCUUUCGUGCUUAAGUCGAGUUUCGACCCCUUGACCUUUCUUUUGAAAGACGAAGUCCGUUACCUGUUGGGCUACUAGCUUGGUGGUGAUGUUAUCCUUGUUUCAGUUGUUAUAGAAAGUUGUCCGAAGGCUUUGAACGGGACAAGGUUGAAAUGUCAUCCUGUUUAUCUUUAAUCUAGACGAUCUAUAUUGAUCUAGAUUAUUGAGUUUCGAAUAAUUUAUUGACACGUGGAACCUCUUUUCGGUGAUUGAGUCA